AUGGCGAAUCCCAAUUUCAUCUCGUCUCUGCUUGUGGACAGUCUGAAGCUCUUCGAUACUCUUAUAUCCCGCGCCGAAUUGGGAGCUUAUGCGGCUGAAGUACCCACGAACUUGUGGACCGAUGAACUUGGCAGGUUGCGUCUCUGGGCGGCCAAUAUCGGCGCUCAUCAAACCGGGCAGUCAUCCCUUGAUUAUCGACUGAGAGAUGCAUCGCAUAUCAAAGGCCAGACCAUUAAGCUCCUGGAGCGACUGCGACAGAAUCUUCAAGACUUGGAUGAGUUGUUGAAUGGUGUUGACUAUGGAGUGGAAGACCUCUCACUUCAAGAGGACGACGAGACCGAAGCACAGCAGAUAUACACUGGUCUUGUCACCACUGUCGAUUGCCUCUUCCAGAUCAGCAUGAUUAUCCGCUGCCCGGCACAACACGACAGGCUUAUAGCACGUCGCUCACAAGUAUCCUCAGGCCCCCGCAUUGUCGCCGACCGCCUGGGAGCAGCCAAUUCACGACGCAGAGCAGCAUUGAAAUAUCGUGAAAGACACCAUGCGAAGCUCGGAAAAGGUAUCGAUCAAUCCGAUGCUGUUUCUACACGUCUCUCGGAAACAAUUGCCACCGAGUUUCAGAACACCGAUAUUGAUUUCGCCGAGACGGGCUUGAAUGCAGGUCUUUCCCAAACCUCGUACGCCCCCAGCCUCUGGGAAGGUGGUGAUCGGCUCACGGUUCCACGCCCUCCCAAAGAAUCGAGCGGCGGGAAGCCAUUUGAAUGUCCAUACUGUUACUAUCUCAUAACAGUGGCAGACAGACGUGCGUGGAUUCGGCAUGUUUUCAAGGAUCUGAUGCCUUACAUAUGCGCGUUUUCUGACUGCCCCACUUCGAAUCGACUAUAUGAUAGUCGUCGCGAAUGGUCUCAACAUCUUCAGACAAGAUUUUUGUCAGGAUUCGCUCCAGGUGACAAUAUUGAUUGCUUGUUGCGCUGUGGAGCUAGGCUACCUGUCAUGUCGCUUGAACGGCACCUUGGGAAACACCUGGAAGAGUUAGCAUUGUUUGCUCUUCGGGGAUUCGAAGAAGACGAGGAGCAAGAUGAAGAGGAAUAUACAAAGCAGAGUCACAGCUCAAUUGCAGAUGCCACAUCUGAGGACAGGGUCGGCAACAAUUCGUGUGAAGACGAACGUGAGAGUGAAGCCAAGUUCACAGGACUCGCGAGAGAACUAGAACUGUACCUGCUGCAACUUGGAGAGUUGAACGAGAAGAGGUGGAAGAGCGCAUCAAGGAACAUAGAAUAG